AUGAGCAACAAAAAUAAUUCAUCUAAAAAUAAAUUUAAUUCAAAUGAUGAAGGUAAAAACAACAAUAAUGCCGAUACUAAUGGGCCAGAAAAAAUAAUUUCUGAUUGUCUUUAUAGUGUGCUGGGGGUGAAGAGGGACGCGGAAGAGGCAGAAAUUAAAAAGGCUUAUCGACGCCUUGCACUUAAAUGGCACCCAGACAAAAAUCCGGAUAAGAAAGAACGAGCUGAACGAAAUUUUAAAAGAAUUGCGCAGGCUUAUGAAGUGCUUUCUGAUGGAAAGCGUCGAGCAGAAUAUGACAAACACGGAUUAACUAAACCAACAACAAAUAACCACCACAAUAAUUAUCAAAGAAGACGAACAACACCAGCAGAUGGCCAUCAUCAUUUCUUCCCUAGUGGAAUGUUUCGUAGCCCUUUUGAUGUUUUUCGUGAAUUUUUUGGGGAUCCUUUUGCUGAUCCUUUUCAUUCACCUCUUUUUGGCUUUGGACGGGAAAGUGGUGCAGGAGGAAUGAGAAGUAGACGAAGACACACAACAAAUUUAUUUGGCCCAUUUACAACAGAUAAAGACGAAAAUAAUUGUGAAUUUUCUACAGUUAUUAGAUUCAGUACAAGUACAAAAGAACCUGGAAAAAAGCUAAAAAAGACAAUUACACAAACACGUGUUGUUAAUGGAAAAAGGAUUAUAACAAAAAGAACGGAGGAUGAUGGAGAAGAGACAGUAGAAGUAACGGAGAAUGGGGUGAGAAUUAGACAGUUUAUUAAAACCUGA